CGCGCGGGUGCGAUACCACAUGGACAGUAUCGGCGUUUGGAUGUCGGACUCGGACUCAACACCCACAAUCUUGUUACGGAUAUGAAGCCGAAAUGGAAACGCGACCGGCCCCAACGAGGGCUGGAUACAGCAAGGACUUUAUCUUCAGAUCAUCUGAUACUUACAACCAUCUGCGCGUUCACCACACAUGCAGACGGGCCGAGCCGGAUUUUCUUUGUGCGCGCAGAAACAGUCACGUUCAGGGCUGCGCAGGCUGCCAAGGAUGCAUGCCGUAUAAGCGAACAGACAUACUCUACCGUCCCGCUUCGCCUGUCACCUGAGCAUCGACGUCAAACGCCUUCCCACUCUCUUCGGCGCGGACGAACGCCUCGCACUCGACGCGGCUCUUGUCCACAUCCACCAGCCAGAGAAAGACCGUGCUGAACGUGCCGCUGGGCCAGAAACGCGAAAGGCAUGUUGUCGUUGUUGUUCGAGGCCGUGAUGAUGGCAGAAGACACGACUAUCCGGGACCAUUGCGUCAGACGUCCUUCGACAUGGAAUGGGUCAGAGUGACUCACAGGGGCCGAU